CGGCCCCCGGCCUCCCGCACGCGCCGCCGGAAGAGGGCGCCCGCUCUCGUGGCGCCGCGGCUCUGCUGGGAGGCGCCUCCCGCGCCGCGCGGCUGGAGCCGCAACUCCGGGCGCGGGCUCAGUCGUCCCUCCGCCGCCGCCGCCGCUGCCGGGCGCGGGCUCGCUCGUCCUCGCGCUCGUGCUCUCGGCCGCCGGUGUCUACCGGCGCGGCCGCCGCCGCCGUCUGCAUUUCCCUGGAACCUGGGCUCCCCAGACGCAGCGCUGGAGCAGAUGGAUAAUGGAGACUGGGGCUAUAUGAUGACUGACCCAGUCACGUUAAAUGUAGGUGGACACUUGUACACAACGUCUCUCACCACAUUGACCCGAUACCCGGAUUCCAUGCUUGGAGCCAUGUUUGGGGGGGACUUCCCCACAGCUCGAGACCCUCAAGGCAAUUACUUCAUUGAUCGAGAUGGACCUCUUUUCAGAUAUGUCCUCAACUUCUUAAGAACUUCAGAGUUGACCUUACCCCUGGAUUUUAAGGAGUUUGAUCUGCUUCGAAAAGAAGCAGACUUUUAUCAGAUUGAGCCCUUGAUUCAGUGUCUCAAUGACCCGAAGCCUUUGUAUCCUAUGGAUACUUUUGAAGAAGUUGUGGAAUUAUCAAGUACUCGGAAGCUUUCUAAGUACUCCAAUCCAGUAGCUGUCAUCAUUACCCAGUUAACCAUCACCACCAAGGUCCAUUCCUUAUUAGAAGGAAUCUCAAACUAUUUUACCAAGUGGAAUAAGCACAUGAUGGACACCAGAGACUGCCAGGUCUCCUUCACCUUCGGGCCCUGUGAUUAUCACCAGGAAGUGUCUCUUCGGGUCCACCUGAUGGAAUAUAUCACAAAACAGGGCUUCACGAUCCGCAACACCCGGGUGCAUCACAUGAGUGAGCGGGCCAAUGAGAACACAGUGGAGCACAACUGGACUUUCUGUAGGCUGGCCCGGAAGACAGAUGAUUGAUCUCCAUCCCGGGGGAGUUCCUGGACACUGACUCUCCAGGAGAUGGAAGAGACUGAUUUUUUUUGUGUGUGUGGGAUUUAAAAAAAGGUUAUUAUUAUUAUUUUUUUUUUGGUAUUUAUUUGAAGGCAUUGAGGAGCAGAAGGAAGUUUUGUGCUUUAGUGGAUUCCUCUAUGUUUAUUCCCUUCACCCUGAGUAUGCAUGUGCCUGUUCAGAGCCUCCAGAUAACUUUUUUAUAAAAAGAAGUCUGAAAAUUAUUAUGGUAUAUAAUCAACCCUUAACAGAGCUUUUUUUAUUACAGUGCUAAAAUGAUUUCUGAUUAAAUGGUCCCUAACUCAACUAGAGGCUCAAAAAUAUAGGAAUGAAAGAAUAAACAAGAGUGAGUACUCCUGAUGCUUUUGACAAAAAUCAAAACAUCAUGUAGGGUGACCUAGUUUCCAAACCAAUAAGCAGUAUUGUAAUAUUAAAAGAAAACUGUUCCAAUCAUUUAAAAGUACUUGUUAAGUACUGCUUUUUACAGUUAUGACAACUGUUUCUCUCUAUGCAUAUAAAUCAAGCAACCAAAUAUCUGUAGCCAUGGAAAUGUCUGACUAGAAAUAUUUAUAUUGAAUUCUAAAUACAAAAUGUCCCUGUGGUAGAAAUCUUCGUAUGCCUGGUGCAGUAUAAUCCCCAAGUGUACUGUCUACCAGAAAAAAACUAAUAAAAAAUGAAAUAGAAAAAUUAGGUUUAUAUUUAUUGACUAUUGUUACUUAAGGGGAAAAUC